AUGGCACCGACCAUUCUGACUUCAGAUGUGCGUAAAAUGUACUCACAGAUGGCCAAGACGGUCAUUAACUUUAUUUUGGCACACCCCAGAUCGGUAAUCCUUGUGCCGUCCAUUGUCGUGUUUUUGAUCUCCUACAAUGUAAUAUAUGAUUUUUUGAUAAAAUCAGUUAAUGACCAACUUCAGUGGCUUCUCAACGGUAAGAUCACAUACUCACAGACCAGACUCCCGGACCUUAUACAGAACUUGGAAACGUUAGAUUGGAUACACUCAAAAUAUACCCUCACAAAGAUAUCGUUAUCGACAACGACAAAAGAUGUGUUCACUUACUCACUUAUCAAUAGCAUUGAUACCUUUCAAACACAACUUUUUGAGAGAAUUGAUCCAUCACAAGGAGCUGUGGUGUCACCACUCUCGUUCUGGCCAACGCCACAUGUCGAUGUCUCUGGCGUCUUCUCUAAAUAUGAUGAACAAGUUUAUCUUGGUAACAUCAUGACAUUCAUCAACUCUGGAGACUCUGAACAGUUGAACACAUACUUUUUGAAAGAAAUUUCCAAGUCUAACAGUUUGAUAACAUAUGCCAAUUCCUUUAUAUUAUAUGUUAUCAACACCACCAACAGCGAAGGCACAACUCGCCUACUUGACUUUUUGAGUGAAUAUUCAGACCCAAACCUACACGUGGAGGAUGUAAUAUCAACGUCAAAUCCCAAGAGUGUCACUGACUUUGUACGAUCAAUUUUGUAUGAAGCCAAGGGUGACCACUAUGUACAUGGUAUUUGUCUGUUUCUUGUUAAUUCAAGUUAUUUCAGAGUUGUAUCGUAUAUUUUAUUUUUUGGAUAUGUGUCGUUGUGCAUCUUAAACCAAUAUAAAGUCAGGUCAAAAAUUGGUCUUCUUAUUGGCUGGUUCGUCGAGGUUUUAAUCUCUUCAUGUUCGGCAUUGGCAGCCACCAGUUAUCUUUCAGGAAGACUGUGGAAGUCCAUGUAUGCCCCACUGACAGACUUGGCAACUUUUUCCUACGUAUUCGUCAUACUGUUAAUAAGCUCUAACAAUAUGCUUACUAUCCUUAGCUAUUUAUCCGGAGAAACUUGGUAUUGUGAGGGAGAAAAUUUGUUGAGAAUACGUCUAUUCAAAUUUUUCUUAGGAAUAGAUCCAGUUGAAUACUCAACUUUGACAACUUUCAGAAGAAUGUAUCCACGAUUUUCAUCAUGGUGUCCUGUUUCAAUUGGAAUUUGUAAAGUGAUAGAUGUAAUACAUUCUAUACUUUUCAUACCGCCAACUACAAAGUAUUUACUUUUGAAUUUGUUUGAAUUAUUUAUUUUGAGAUUUGUAUUAUCUCAUGUUACCCUUAUAAUAUAUCAAGAGAAGUUAGGAGCAUAUAUCAGUCAAAAGGUUAAUGAUUUUGUGCUUGCAAUUGCUGUUGCAUUGGUAAUAGAUCACUUAUUACAACUAACCUAUUUGGUUAGCAUCAUUACAGUAGAUUUAAAAAGGUUUGAAUUUACUGAUUUGAUCAAUACCCAUACAGUUUCCAGUUCACCUUCUUCUACACAAACGAAUGGAGAUGACUCAACAGAAAAUGACACUUCUUACCGUAUGUUACCAAACUUUUUGACAUCGACACCGUUCCAGACGAAUACAUCACCCAAUGAAGAAUUAUUUGGAGUUAAUUUAUUCUCAUCCAAAUUGCUUAAGCUUUCGCAAGAUCCUUCACUUCGACCUAAACGGUCUUCAUUCCGUCACAAGCUUGGCCAAGCUCUUUUAAAGUUUAAGAAUCCUCUCCCUCUGAUCCAUUUUUUCAUUGUUACCACUGCCAUUCAAGUGGCUUUAUUUAUAGGGACUACAUUUAGUUGGUCAUUAAUGGUUCCACACGGAUUAGUUGGCGAUGAAAGUGGAAUAUAUGACGUUCAAGUCGAGGUAAUUCGCAAUGAAUUUGAUAUGAUUUAUUAUCUCGAAUUAUUGUCCGUACUUAUGAUCAUUGUUGCCAGUGCAGGGUUGACUUUUAAAUUUGCUCAUUCUGGACUGGGAGAAGAAGUUCAAAGAUCGGAUUCCAUUGAUAGUGAAUUUGAACUUGAAGACGAAUCAACAAGAUAUUUUAAUUCUAUUGAUUUAUUUGAGAAUGGGCAUAAAUUGGAUGUUUUGAAAGUUUGUACCAAUUCUAGCAGUCCCUUCAUUGUAACAGUUGGGUUGGAUCAUAAGAUUUUCAUUUGGUCUCCUUUGCAUAAACCCAAGGCUCCUGCUCCAAUAAAUAUUUCUGCCAAAAUUUCGGAUACCACUGCAAAUACACAAAUCGGGAAGGAAUUUUGGCCAGUGAAUCAUUUAAACAUCAGCAAUGACGGUAAUUACACUGUUUUGAUUGAUUAUAGGCAUUCACUUGUCAAAUGUUACGAAAGAAAAUUACUUCAAUACAUCUGGGAGAUAAAUUUACCAACAGAAAUCACACAGGGGGUUCCCAAGAAGUUUAAGAUUCUUGAGUCGUUCUUUAGAAGAAGAACUGUUCCUGGAUAUUUAACUAGAAAAAUACUUCAAAAGAAAAAGGAAGAUAAAAGAAAAUCACGAAAAAGAACAGGAAGUGUCUCUUCCACUACAUCCACUCUAUUAUCAUUCAAUGGUAAUUAUGAAGCUCCACAAUUUGUAUCAACCUCGAAAAAUGACAUUUUUGGAAUUAGUGAAGGAAGUGAAACCUCAACUACUCUGAAACGUGAAGAAAAGGAACAACUAUCAAAAGAUGAUUUCAUUAUGAUUUUAGAAUCAGGUUUAAUAUAUGCCAUAGCUUGUUCUGAUGGUAGUUAUAAGACUUGCGAUAUAUUUGAAACGAUUUAUGAAGCCGAUGAAAGAAUUGGAUUGAAACUUAAUUCGGUUACUAAGUUGUCCACACCAAGAGUUACGGAUAGAAUUAUUUGUCAUGUUAAUAAUUGUGACAUUAUUGUGGUAUCAUUAUUGAAUAAUAACUUUAGUAUCAAAAAGCUCAAAAUUCAACAAGGAUUUUACAACAAAGGUCUGGCAAUGGUAGCUCCUUUGAUGAGAGCAGACUCAUUUAGAGAUACUAAUGAUUUUAAAUCAAUAUGCGAAACUCCUCAAAUGUCGAUUAUUCCUGAAACUGGGAACUCAGUCACGCCAAUCACAAGCGGCUUUCAAUUGAAUAAAGCGGUUAUCGUUACAGUUGAAUUUGUUGGUAUGAUUGUUAGAGUAAGAGAUUUGGGAGCAGAACUCAUUGAUAUUCAGACGGGUGUACUUUUGAAAACAUUUUGCAUUGGUCAUUUUAAACCUAAUUCGUUUAGGGUGUCACAUCCAGAACCUACGUAUUGUAAGUUUUGUGGAUGUGCAUCCAUUCAAUCAUUCUCAUUGAUAUAUCAAGACCAGGACAGUGAUACCUUGAUCAUGCAUACAUUUAAGAUUGAUACUAAAAAGUCAAAAAAUAACAUUUGUUUAAGAGUGGAAAGAGAUCCUAGAGAAAUUAGAUGUCUUGGAUUUAAUGCGGUUACUGAGCAUCAACAUUGGUUUGAUAAUAUAGAAAGAUGGGAAAUGACUGAUAUUAACAUGAUUAUUGGUAUUAGGAAACGUGCACAAACCGUGACUUUACCCACUGAAGAUGGAAUUCCUGCAAGAAAUCGUCAUUUUUCUUCAAUUACAGAAGGUAGCGGAUUAAGUUCACUUAGGUUAAGGGGAAAUAAAUCAAAGAAAAAUACUGCAACUCCCGAAUUAACCUUAGAUGAUAUAUGGGAAGGAUUCAUAAUUACAGCAAAUGAUGGGAACUUGAUGAACUACAGAAUUCCUUCUAAGAAUGCACUGGAACUCUCACUAAGCGUCAAUAAAGUCCUUUGUAUGGAAAAGUUUGGAUAUAAGUCAGUUGUAAUUACUUUUGGAAAUUUCAUCCAAGUUUUAUAUCUUGGCAGUGAUAAACUCAUUGAAAAGGAUCUUUAUUAUUCGGGUGCAAAUACAGGAAUUGCCUCAGCAUUACCAUCUACUGAUGUGAAUGUUGGUGUAAACAAUGAAUUAUUAUUCAUUAACAAGAGAAGAAUGCAUCGCGAAAGAUCACAGAGAAUUAGGUAA